UUGAUUCCGCCGGCGACGAACUUUCCUUCCCGAUUUCCCGAGAAAAUCCGGAACUCCCCCCCCCACCCCCGACCGUCCGAUCCCCCCUCCCAAGUCCUUCUGCCGAACGAGCAGGUCGGAGGUCGCUCGACGCGCGCGAUCCCGCGUCGGACGGUUUCGUUAGGUUUUCCCGAGGCGAUCCCGCUGUGCCGUCGGCGGUGGCGGGUUGCUGUUAGCAUGCUCCGGAUGACGGUCCGUUCGGCUGCGUUCUUCUUCUUCUUCGUGUUGUCUGUCGCCAGGUCUUCUGGCGGUGAAGCAAAAAGUGAAAGAACAUUGGCCAUCAUUAAGCCAGACGGAUUGUUCGGCAACCACACGGAUGCAGUAAAGGAGAUUAUUUUGGAGUCUGGCUUCAGAAUCGUAAUGGAAAAGAUUGUUCAGUUAGAUCAAGAAAGUGCAGCGAGCUUUUAUGCUGAGCACUCUGCAAGGAGCUUCUUUCACAGCCUCGUCCAAUACAUGACGAGUGGUCCAGUGUUGGUUAUGGUUUUGGAAAAGGAUGACGCUGUUUCUAGCUGGCGUACUUUAAUUGGGCCAACAGAUGCAAGCAAAGCUAAAAUUACUCAUCCUCAAAGCAUUAGAGCAAUGUGUGGGACUGAUGCUGAGAAGAAUUGUGUUCAUGGUUCUGAUUCACCUCAAUCAGCCCAAAGAGAGAUAUCAUUUUUCUUUGACUCUAUGCCUUCAGGCAAUGGAAUAGCUGAGGAUGCCCUAAUUUUAUAUGGUGGAGCGGAGAGUACUGCUGAGAUGUGCGCUGCAAAUGCGAGCUUGAAUAGGUUUCCCCUGCUUUCUGGGGAUUUCAUCUUAUUCUGCCGGUGCAAAAUUCUCUACUGUGAUGAGAGCAGCCAUUGUGAGCAGUGCCCCAUCUUCCUCCCAGCUCUUGACAGCAGUUGCCUCUUAUUUGAUGCAAAUCUAUGGUGAUGAAGAUGUGCAUGAACUCGUGCUUUAAAAAAGGAAUCACAAACGUGCGUGCACUCAUUGCAUUUGGAUAGUGGGGUACGUGGCCUUUCUCUCUGUCUUGCUAUUACUUUGAUGAGAUUGUAGCUUGACUCCAGGGCUAGUUUUGUACUGUGGAAGAUUUGCUCGGGACACUUGGUGCCUUAAUUAAUGGAAUGGUCCAGUGAAAAUCGAGCCUAGUCAAAUUCCAAGGCCCACCAAUUUCCUGGAGGGUAGGCGUCCACAUCACCCAAGGUCUUAGUUUAUUUUUGGUAAGGUGUGUAACAUUCCAGAUAUGGCAAGCCUAGCUCAUGGUUGGGAUUAGUAGCUUGGAUUCUCCAAGCCCUAGGCGUCUAUUCGAUGUCAACACCCCCACAUGGACUGCUUUGAACCCUUUUUGAUAGUCCUUUCCCUAUUUUGCUCGUUUAUUUUUACCUUGGUGGGAGUGAUUCUUCAGAAUUCUCUUUCGGCCUUUGCCCAUUGCAUUUUCCUACAUGCAUCUCGAGGUACCCCCUUUUUUUCCACGAUCUGUAGAACUUCUAGGCUUCUGGGUGACGGAUCGAGUGACGAUACCCACCGAAGAUAUUUAUUGAGUUCUCACCAAACAAUUCGCUUUGUGAUUUGCUUGCUGCAGUCCUGAAGUUUUUGAGUCGAGGCAGAGGCCUGUUGCUGUCAUUGUAUUUCCUGACCAAAGAACAUUGAACAGCUAUGCUUCUGCCUCAAAAGGGGUUUUGUUUUGUUUUACUUUAAAUUUGCUUAAGUUUGAUCGGGGAGCGACGUGAAUCCAUCAGAACCACAUGAAUUCAUUCUCUUCCAUGGCAAACCGCCAUGGGACGAGGCGGCAUUUAUGCAGGAGGGAGGGAUGAAAAGUUUCUGUGCGCGGCCCGAAGCAGUACUUAUGUCCACCAAUGGCCCCUUUUCCGGAUUAAUCAAAUUAAUCCCGUGAUUAGGGAAUAUAAGUAUUGGGCUUGAAUCCAUCAUUUGGCGUGUCGAUUCGAAAAGCUGUGACGGAGGAAAAGUCUACAAGGCGAACUGUGUUUAGGUCAAAGUUAAUCACCCUUGGCGUGCUUAAAGAUACUGUUUAUUAUUGGCUCGAUCCAAUCAGGUUAGAGUGUCCUGAAAACCUUUGAGGGCAAACAUCAUCUUAAUUUUGAUCGCGAUUAUUUAUUUUAAUUCCUAAUUUAUCUCA